AUGUUGCCUCGCUCUGAUGAUGUCCGUCAUAUGACGGACGAAAGCUUAGCACCUUCUCACCGGAAUCGAAGGAAUCGCUGUUGCCUCGGAAACAGCGUCAACAUGAAUGUUCCAGUAAAGCCAAUCGACAGCGGGUCAAGAGGAAUCCGCCGUCGUCUUCUGGUGGAAACGAGCUUCGAAUCUCUUCACGCAACACUUCCACUCGAAAUGGAACCUGCGGCACUCUUUUAUGCUCUCGUUUGGGACGAACUCUUCGACGAAUUCAAGAGCAGGCCAUGA